AAAUUCGCAUCGAUUCGCAUUCAUAUUCUGCACAUUCGCGAGGAUUCACUACGGUAUGUAUCGGGUCGGGAGCGUCGAGGGAAUCAGAUUGGGGGUGGAACCUCCCGCGCGCACGGCGCAUGGGAAGGAAAGAGAAGCAGAAUGAAGAGACGAUAGUAAAGUGCCGACGCGCUAACAAGGCAUGGAUGGGGCUAGAUUUAAAGAGCAGAGGGAGGGAACAAAAGAAGCAUCGACGUCGACGGCGCCGAGGGGUCACGCGCGAGGAAGAGACAUGAAGGGGAGCGAGAGUGAGAACGGAACCGAUCGCGCAACGAGCAAGCAAACAGAAGCGGGGUCGACAGAGCUAGCCAGCCCCCGACACGCAAGUCGGGCGACUCCAGCACCAGCCCCCCGGUCCCCAACCAGACCCCGGCCUGACCCCUCUAACCCACCCCACCCUCGCUUUCGGCCUGCUCACACCCAUUCCGCCUCGCCCCCGCUGCGCGAUCAUGGCCAUGUCAGUGGGCGGGGCACCGGCAGCACGCGCCUCUAAUCAUCGUACUGUCGAUACCCACCCUCUCCUCCAUCGCCCUCGUCCCUGCGCUUCCCCUUGCCCUUGUUCGCUGCUGCGGCCAGGGCAGCCGGAUCGUCGACCUUCUUCCGGCGCUUGCGCUCCGUUU